AGUCUCAAAAUCGUAAACAAUGUCAAAAUUUAUACUGAGACAAAAAUUUGACAAUGUUGAUUCAAAAUAAGAUCAUAAUAUUUAAGUAUAUGAAUCUUAUUUAUGGGACUUGAAGUUUACAUCUCUAAGUUUAUAGGUUGUGUUUGAAUACGUAAUCAUUUAAAAUGAUAUUGACUGCUGGUUGUUUAUUGAUUUCGAAUGGAUGAUAUUUGGGAAGAAAAUAGUUUACAAAUUUUCAAGAGGUGAAAUAAAUAAAAAAAAACGAAAAGUUUGUUUAUUAGUCUGUCAUUAAAUUAACAACAAUGGCUAAGGUCUAUCAAUCAGAUCAAGAACUUGAAACCAAAGUGAAAAAAGCUACGGAGCGGAUUUCAGAGAAUAUGCACAUCGUUGCAAAUGAACCAUCACUCGCGUUCUAUAGAUUACAGGAGCAUGUGAGAAAAGCAUUGCCUCCGAUGGUUGAGAAAAGAGUAGAAGUUCUUGCUCUUCGAAAUCAAUUGCAGGGUCGUUGUUACGAUGUUGAAUAUGCAGUGAGUGCAAUAAGAAGUGUCGAGGGAGCGGACAAAAGUUUCGAUAAUACAAUUGAAUUUAUCAAAAACGCCAUGUUUUACAAGCAGCAAUUAAAAUACGAGGAGCAGCGAAGGAACAAAAAGGAAGGAAACAGAGAUUCUGUAUAUAAAAGACUUUCUGCUCAUAUUCCCACUUUGGACCAUUUAAUGCCAGAUGAAUUAUCCGACGUUGUCAGAGAGAGUGUAAAUCGAGUUGAAUCUAUGAUGAAUCACGCGAUGCAUUCUAAUGAUUCCCAAAAGGCGAAUAAUUAGUCUUUUUUGUAAAUAAUAGGUAUUCAAAAAUAAUUUAUUGCAAAUUUAAAUUGAUGAGUAAUAGAUUUUCGUUACUGUUCUAUCUUUCCGUUUCUGUAAAUAUAUACUUAUAAUAAUAAUAAUAAUAAUAAUAAUAAUAAUAAUAAUAAUAAUAAUAAUAAAUUUAAAA